CUAGAGGAGGUACAAGGAACCGAGGCUGCAGGUGGGAACCACCAGACAAUGAGUGGUGAGUGACUGUCCUCUGAGCUGCUGGCCGGGAGUAGAACAGGGCUUCCAGGGCUGCUUAUUCUCUGUGUCGGUGUCCUGGGACCACGUGAGGAUGGUGCCCUGGCUUCUUGUCUUCUCUGCCUUGGUUCUCCCGACAUGGGGUGUUUCCUCCUGGGAGAAAACACAAAGUCAACAGGUGUCUGAGGGGCUGCAGCAAUUGCUUGGCAAUAUCUCCCAGCUCAUCGAGAAAGGAAGGCUGGGCCGUGAUGAUGCCCUCAUCACGGUCUCCCGGGCGGAGUGGGGGGCACAAGCCAUCGGCUGCGGCUCUAAGCUGAGCAGGCCAGUGGAUGUCCUUGUCGUACACCACAUCCCUGGACUAGAGUGCCACAACCAGAUCGUCUGCAGUCAGAAGCUCCGGGAACUCCAGGCCUAUCAUAUCCGCAGCAGCCGGUGUGAUGUGGCCUACAGUUUCCUGGUUGGGGAUGAUGGCAGAGUAUACGAAGGUGUUGGUUGGAAUGUCCAAGGCUCACAUGACCGGGGCUACAACAACAUCUCUUUAGGCGUUGCCUUCUUUGGCACCCAGGAAGGCCGAAGCCCCAGCCCUGUUGCUCUGUCAGCCAUGAGGGGCCUGAUUUCCUAUGCUGUCAAGGAGGGCCACCUGUCAUCCAAGUACAUCCAGCCUCUUCUUGUGAAAAGUGAAGACUGCCUGGCCCCUCCACAGAAGGGAAGACAGAAGAGAGCUUGCCCCCACAUUGUUCCACGGUCGGCUUGGGGGGCAAGAGAGUCCCACUGCCCCAAGAUGACGCUCCCUGCAAAGUAUGCCAUCAUCCUUCACACUGCUGGGAGAACAUGCAGCCAGUCUGAUGAGUGCCACCUGCUGGUCCGCGAUCUCCAGUCCUUCUUCUUGGAUAGACUAAACACAUGUGACAUUGGGUAUAACUUCCUGGUGGGCCAGGAUGGUGGUGUUUAUGAGGGAGUGGGCUGGAAUAGCCAAGGCUCCUGCACUGAUGGGUACGAUGACAUUGCUUUGAGCAUCGCCGUCAUGGGCAUCUUCACAGGUUCCCCGCCCAACGCAGCUGCACUGGAAGCAGCCCAGGACUUGAUUCAUUGUGCCAUGGUCAAGGGGUACCUGACCCCCAACUACCUUCUAAUGGGCCACAGUGAUGUGUCCAACACUCUGUCCCCUGGACAAGCAUUAUACAAUGUCAUCAAAACGUGGCCUCACUUCAAGCACUGAAGGAGGCCCCAGUCUCAUCUGAGGAUGCUCUUCCUCCUGCUGGGUGUCUGUCCUUACCUCUCACCUUGGAUUAGCAUCUCUGUCCUCUCAUUUCAAAGCUUUACCUUGUGUAUUUCCUGUAUUGUGAUGACUUUGUCCUCUCUGGUGGCAUCUAACCAUGUCCCCCAAGUUUUGCAUGUAUAGUCCCUCAGUCCACUUGUGCAUAAGUGCAUAUGUGAAUGCGACCUUGAAGACUUGUAGGUUCUUUUCUGGAUUGUGAGUUUUCCAGGGCAGCCAUUGAAUUUUCUUUGUCACCAAAGUAGCCUAUGUUAGCUCAGGAUCUGUGUCUAAAUGUUAGUAGAUAUUAUAGAUAUUUGUUGGAGAAAUGGAUGAACAAGUGAAAGGCCUCAGUCCUUUUGCAGAAGUUUGUGGAAUCCCUGCUAUUCAGUGUCCCAUCCUGCCAUUAUUCUUAGCACUGGUAUUUCUUGGUUGGACACUGGGAGCUGGCUGUGGUGACUUGUCCAGAACAGAAGCCAUGUCUCUAAAAUCCUGUGUCACUAUAUUCGUAGGUCACCCUGAGUGCCAGGAACACACUCUCCUCCAAGGCCAAGGCAGACCUGUGCCAACACUUGUU